AUGGAAUGUGAAACUCUACUUCAGAAUCUAAUUGAUAGCGGAUCUCAAACGGCAGAAAAAGGUCUCUUUGAAGAUUAUCUGCAACGACUUUCAACUUGGGCUGCUUAUCUCGGGGUAUUCGCCCGGCCGAGCCAGUGCCUCGACCAUCGCUUGAGCAAUGCGAUCGAUAUACAGGACCUCGUUCUGCGUGGUCUGGACUCCCUGGGGAGAUCUUUAACAUCAGGUCUAUCUAUCGAUUUCAGAGCAGGGUGGCCAGGAGCUGACUGCCUUUCAAUAGUAUCUCAGAAUAAAUACCAAUCUGCAUCAACAGAUGCUGACGAGGGUCAGGUCUCUCUAUCUGGUAUCGAGGAGGAAUUGCUGGAGAUUGAAGAUACCCUUGAGCAACUGUAUCGACUUGCAACUGCCAUUAAAAGCUCCUCGCGAAAGACUAUUGAGCAAAGAGCAAGCGAAUUUGCCCAGAAAGUCGAAUUGAAGCCUAUCAACAAGUUGUUCAUCAGAACCAUCGAAUGUUUAUAUCCACAAAUCGAUCAGUCCCUGCAAGACCGCCUCUCCACGUCUAUGUCUGAUCGAUUCGCGAAAAUCAUGUUCCUGGGCACACGACAAGCUACCCUGGCAGCAAGGCACAAUGAACAGCAUUAUAGUCCAGCAAUCUCAGAGGAUCGCCAAAACUCAGUCUUACCGAAGCCCAACCUGGGAGCAUUGCAAGAGCCCAGAUUGAGUUAUAGCCCUUCAGUUCAGACACGCGAUCAAUCACUGGCACCUCUGACAUCCUUAUCCCCUAGCAAAUUUUGGCCGCAUCUAAACAACCUUGGGCCUUCGAUUUUGAAUAGAAACAAAACAACAUCUGUCUCAAUACACCGAAGUAGCUAUCCUCUGCCGCCCAAACCGCAAAGACAAGAACUGAGACUUUGCGAAUGGUGCGGCGAGCCACUCAAAAGCCUAGAUAUGGAUCCUGCUCACUGGAGGAAGCAUGUUGACAAUGACCUGAGGCCUUACAUAUGUUUGGCCGAAGAUUGUACCAAUGCAGUAGGAUACCCGAGUUUUCGACAGUGGUCGAGCCAUAUGCAGCAGCACGAUGAGUUUUGGUAUCGGACAGUGUACUCACCAGUCAAAUAUGUUUGCCCUCUGUGUGUAAACACGAUGUCUUCUUUUGAACAUCGCGUCGAAUUAUUCCAGCACGUCACAAGCAUGCAUGAAUCAGAUGCAUUUGAUUCUCGCCAGCUGUCGCUAAUUGCUAACCAAAGCCAAGGUAUCAGAGAACGACCUGUUGACGAAUGUCCUUUAUGCGGGCUUGCGGUUGAGAGGGAAAGCCAAAAAGAGGAUGUUCCUUCUAAACGCGAAAGCGAUUCGUGGAGUGAAGGAAGCAGAAAGAAGCUCAAGGCCGGGCAACAACAGCCAAUCCCUGCAGCUACUAGCUCUAAUGACCAGGAGAACCAAAGUCACGAGACGAAUAAUCAUGAAUCUAUGGCUCUUCAUAUCGCUUCUCAUCUGCAGACCCUAAUGUUCCUGACUUUGCGUGUCAUUUCCAUGCAAAGGGACAUGGGCUCAGAAGACGAAGAUGUGGUUGGGAGCAACAUUGGCACAGAUGACUUUCACGAUCAUCAAGACGAACAGCACGUAAACGAUCCACUAUCUUUUGAAGACGACAGCCCUCAAUUAGAAAAUUCCUGGCUUCCGGCUGCAGAGGUUCAUUCCUUUGAAUUUGGUCCACUGCAACGUACAGUUUUUAAAUAUCCAAUGCUUAGGUGUGAGGAUAUACUCGACACAUCUAUAGAGUUCCCAGAUUCUUCAACUAUUCAGGAAAUUAUUAUCCGUCUCGAAGCCCUUUUAUCGACGACUAAGCAAAAUCUAGACUUUUAUGCUUGGUCAGAAGUGGCUUUGGAAUCAGUCCGCAAUCAAAAUCUGUCUUGGCCUUCUGAUUACCGCCGUAGCGGCACCAGCGGAGGCAGUGGCUCAACUUUCGGAUGGCAAUGUUGUAAUUGCAAGAAUCCCGGCCAAAGCUUUUCUAUAGAUAUGCAUUGUGUUAUUUGCUCAAUGCCUCUUUGUGAUAAUUGCACUUUUUACACCAACAGUUAA